AUGUGUAACUUACCGCUGCUACUUGCCUUCGUCCUUUCAAUCGCCGCGAUCCAGGCGCGCCCUAGCCUCAAGUAUUACCAGCAGUAGCGAGCUGUCGAGUAUACGCCCACUGUGGUCGGGCAUACGGUGCACUCACUGCCCGCCGCAGUUUCACAUCAGAGUCAAACCAUUAAGAAGCGUCCCUACCUUCGUCCCAUAGUGGAGCAUACGCCGAUAUUUAAGACCUACACGCCCGUUGUAAAGGCGUAUUCACCUGUAAUUAAAACUUAUGCACCCAGCACAAGCGUCGCCUGGCCGCCUGUCUCAUAUGGACCCGUGUAUACAUCAUCUUACGCCGGUUUGUACGAUGGCUGGAGCUCGCCUAGCUUGAAGAGUGGUUAUGGCGGCUGGAGCUCCGGUUGGAAACCGAGUACCGUUUAUGAGGAUUGGGAUGCCUGGGCACUGAGAAAAUAA